AUGUCCUACUACGACAUUGAUUCCAUUUUGACGGAUGCCCAGGUGAAAUUGGACCCCAGUCCGGAGAAACUCCCCUGCACAUUUGAGUUGGAAGUCCCCGGACUGGGAAUUCUAGAGGGAAACCCAGGUGAAGAUAUCAAAGCGGGGACCCGCAUCGAUCUGCCACUAUGGCUGGGUGAAAUGCUUUCGAUCGGUGCGCGACUAGGGACGUCCCGCCUGGUUACGCUCGAUAUGCCGGACGCGCUGGCAGAGCGGGUGAUGAAUGCUCUCAAGGCUGAUCCUCGGACUGUUGAUCUGCGUGCGUUGGCGCCACAUUUCUAUACAUUGAGCGAGCGUAUCUUGGAGAUUUUUGAAGAAGAGGAGAUGGUUGAUGUCUUGAUUGAUACCUUCAAAAAGCGGGCAGCCGAAAUUUCCGACCAUGCGCAUAACCCACGAGGGGCGGUGGGCGAAGGAGUGGAUUUUCUGCGUGGCCUGGAUGAGACUGAACGGCAGUUAUUCCGUGCGGCCCAUGAUCGGGCGAAGGAGGUACGAAUUUGGGCUGGAGAAGCGAAGAAGAAAUGA